AUGUCGGGUACUACACUGUCUUUGUCACCGUUUGACAUUACCAGCUGGGACCAGAUCAAAUUAUUCGAUACCGGCAAGAAGAAUGACGCUGCAUACUCCCAGGCUAUCCAGGCUGUCCAGGAUGCCCAGGAUGUUCCGCCAGGCUGCCCCGCUAUUCUACCAUAUAAUCCUCUUAAUGAAGAAAUCUACAAAUGCAAAAGAAUGGAGACAAAAGAAAUUUUGGCGCUUUUAAUGAAGCACACAAAUCUACUUGACAAGAAAACAGUCAGCAGCUUUGGAAAGUGGCUCAAGUCAUCCAAAGUAGAUCUGCUUGACUCUCCUGACAAGAGAGUUUUCACCUGCGACAAUAAGAAAUAUAUUCGUCUCUCCAGCAAAGCAAAUGGACCAAUGAGCGGAAGAGGCAAAAGGUGUUCUUCACGACCUCAGAUCUUACAACUUGGCAUUCCACCAGACCACUCCCCCAAACCAUUCAAAAAAAAAUUAGAGUACUUGAUCUUUAAAAUCCCAUCAUAA